AUGAUGGACGCCGUCUUCAACCUCCUCUUCAUGGCCAAUGGCCGCUACUACAGCUACAAGACUCCUUUCAACUUCCAGUCGAGGAAUGAUCCAAGAAUCGAAGAUGUACAGCUCCUUUCCGACGAUGGGCAGUCGUCCAACCCUACGGAUUCCACCUUCGAACCAGAUAAAAUGGACAUGUGCGAAGAUCGUGAUCGAUCUGCUGAAACGCCGGAGACACCCGUCGCCGGCCAUGGCGGGUCUGGGGGAGAAGAUCAAAGCUCCAUCUUCGAUAGGAAAGGGAAGAGGAAGAUGAAGGACAUGGAGAUCCUACAGGAACCUCGCGCGCCGUGGGGGAGGAAGAUGAAGUACGGCUGUAGCAGCUGCAACAAGAGUUUUCAUACCCACCAAGCACUGGGCGGACACAUGGCCAGCCACAAGAAGGAGAAGCAGGUUCUUGACGGCGGUGGCGGCGGCGGAGAGGCGGAGAAGCCGGCGAGCGUGGAGGAGCAGCCUGUCUUGCCCACUGUGUCUGGGGUGAAGAAGGCGGCCAUGGCGGAGCACCGCUGCGACAAGUGCGGUGUGGCGUUCCCCACUGGGCAGGCCCUGGGAGGACACAAGAGGAAACAUUGGAACGGACAUGAGAGCUCCAUCUUCUCCAACGAGGCCCAAGAAAUCUCUUCCGAGAUUCGAUCUCGCCUGAGGUUGGGGAGAUCCUCCGCUGUUGCACCGUCACAGAAAGAUUCAUCGGAGAAGGGGGAAGGAGGAGAGCUCCAUCGUUCAUGGCCGGCUGCUGCAAGAGACGAGAACGGAAAGACAGCGGCGCCGCCCGGUGUGAUCGAUUUCGAUCUCAACGAGCAGCCCAUCGAAGAGGGGGAAUCUUGA